AUGUCGAAUUAUUCAAUCCACUCUAUCAUCGCGGCAUACGGCCUUGGCAUUGCCCCUCAUACAUUUUAUCUCGUUAAAAUGAUGGCUAAUGCCCACGGCCGGUCAACCAAUAUUCUCCCACGGGGGAAUCUGACCAAUUUGAAGGGGCAAAUUCCAUCACAUGUAUGGGACAAACUUGCAAGAGCACGUGGUGCGCACCUGAAUGCUAUGGAAGGGAUUCCAAUGUUUGCUGCAGCCAUGGUACGUUGA